AUGAAACUGUUGAACUUGUUUUGUAUAAUUGCGGGAUUGUGGAGGAUGCUGUUGGCUAGUAGAAGCUGUCCGGAUCUCGUUAUUGACGGAUGUCGUUGUACGUCCGAGCGACACAAGGAGCUAAGCAGACAGACGGUCCGUGUGAAAGUGGUCUGUAACGGAGCGGAGUUACUGGAUACCCUCCAGCCCAGCUUUUUGCCGAACACGACGGUUUCGCUGAUUCUCAGCAACAACAAGAUAUCCUUGCUGAAAAAUGGUUCGUUCUUGGGCCUUUCGUCCCUGGAGAGGCUAGAUCUGAAGAAUAAUUUAAUUAGCACUAUCGAGCCUGGGGCGUUCCGUGGACUGGCAUCGCUGCAGAGGCUGGAUCUCUCCAACAACAGAAUUGGCUGCCUCUCUCCUGAAAUGUUUUCAGACCUCGGCAAUCUUUCCAAAUUGAGUUUAUCUGGGAAUAUCUUCUCUUCUCUGCCAGAGGGACUCUUCGCCUACCUGCCAUCACUCCGAGUCCUGUACUUCAGUUCAGAGUCGCUGUACUGUGACUGUCACCUGGAGUGGCUUCUCCGGUGGGCACGGGCAAACUUGGUCCGCAUUGGGAAUGGGACUCCAUGUGCUUACCCCACCCAUCUGCAUGGCCUGGAGUUCCGGAGCCUGAGGGAGCACCAGCUCAAAUGUGCAGGACCUCUGGAGCUGCCCCUGUUUCAGCUGAUCCCGUCCCAGAGGCAGGUGGUGUUCCGGGGGGACCGGCUCCCCCUGCAGUGCACUGCCUCUUACCUGGACCCGUCCAUCAGCCUGCAGUGGAGCCACAAUGGUCACAUCGUGAGCACACAGGAGGAGAGCGGGGUGCUGGUGGAAGACAGCAUCAUCCACGACUGCUGCCUGGUCACCAGUGAACUCAUCCUCUCCAACAUUGAUGUUGGUGUGUCGGGCAACUGGGCGUGUCUGGUGACCAGUUCCCGUGGAAACAGUUCACGAAGCAUGGAGAUUGUAGUGCUGGAGACGUCUGCUCCCUAUUGCCCUGCUGAGCGGGUCACCAACAACAAGGGAGACUUCAGGUGGCCGAGGACAUUGGCAGGAAUCCUGGCCUUCCUGCCCUGCAUGCCGCAGCCUUUCGGCACCGCCUCACAUCCCUCUGGCCCGCGGGAGAAGAAAGCAUGGCGACGGUGUGACAGGGCAGGCCGCUGGGCGGAGGAAGACUACACCCAGUGUCCUUACGCUAGUGAGGUGACCCGUGCCCUCCAUCAGCUCAGUCAGACGGCGGUAAACGCCACCAACGCUCAGACGCUGGCGCAGCAGCUCUCGGCCUUCACCAGCAGGGCGGCGCACUUUGACGACAUGAUGGACGUCAUCUUCGUUACACACAUCGUAGAAAAACUCAUGCGCUUCGUGGACCAGAUCCGAGAUCUGGGGGACUAUGUAUCGGACAUCGCCAGCAACAUGAUGCAGGUGGAGGAGCACAUACUGUGGAUGGCGCAGAACGAGGCCAGGGCGUGUACCCGGAUCGUUCAGUGCGUGGAGCGCAUUGCCGACCUGGCCCUCACCAGCCACACGCAGGUCAUCUCCAAGGUUUCUCCAAACAUUGCCCUGGAGGCCUUCAUGAUUAAGCCGUCUAGUUUUACCGGCCUGUCCUGUACGGCGGUCCAGCGGGUGCCCCUGACCCCUGAGGGGGACUUGACCCGUGUUGGGGGCAUAGGGGGCACAGUGGACGCACAUCCCCUUGGGGACUCGCUACUGAAUUUCAAAUGCAGCACAGCCAACACGAGCAGCUCUCUGGCAGGCCUUUCCGGAAAGAACGCAGUGGCUGUCGCUUCUAUCCAAUUACCGCUGGCUGGUUCUCCUAGCUCCCCUGCGUUGCAAUCUGUUGAUAACUCCACUUGCAAGCUGCAGUUUAUUGUCUUUCGAAAUGGGAAACUCUUUCCUUGCACAGGGAAUUCGUCAAAUCUCGCAGAUGAUGGGAAACGUAGGAGUGUUUCGACACCAGUUGCUUUCACCAAAUUAGAUGGGUGCAGCUCGGGGAGCGGGAGUCUUUCUCAGCCCGUUACCGUUGCCCUCCGGCACUUCGCACUGGGUGUAGACCCAACUGCAGCCUAUUGGGAUUUUGACCUUCUAGAUGGACACGGGGGCUGGAGGGCAGAGGGGUGCCACAUAACGGGCUCUUCGGGCAAUACCACUACUAUUCAUUGUGCGCACCACAAUAACUUUGCAGUUCUAAUGGAUCUAAAGAAGGUGCUGUCUUUCCCGCCGUACCCUGGGGAGUUUCUGCACCCUGUUGUGUACGCCUGCACUGCUGUCAUGUUGUUGUGCCUGUUCGCAUCCAUCAUCACCUACAUCGUGCAUCACAGCACAAUCCGCAUCAGCAGAAAGGGAUGGCACAUGCUCCUGAACUUCUGCUUCCACACAGCCCUGACCUUUGCAGUGUUUGCUGGAGGCAUCAAUCGAAUCAAGUACCCCGUCAUCUGUCAAGCAGUUGGGAUUGUGCUCCAUUACUCCUCCCUGUCUACAAUGCUAUGGCUGGGGGUCACUGCAAGGAACAUUUACAAACAGGUGACCAAGAAGCCCCAGCAAGUUCAGGACGGAGACCCACCUCCAAACCCCAAACAGCCAAUGCUAAGAUUUUAUUUAGUCAGCGGCGGAGUGCCCUUCAUCAUUUGUGGAAUCACAGCAGCCACCAACAUCGACAGCUACGGCAGCGGAGAACAGACUCCUUACUGCUGGAUGGCGUGGGAAACAAGUCUGGGCGCCUUCUACGGUCCCGUGGCCUUCAUCGUCCUGGUGACGUGUAUCUACUUCCUGUGCAUUUACAUCCAGCUGAAGCGCCACCCGGAGCGCAAGUACGAGCUCAAGCCUAUGACGGAGGAGCAGCAGAGGCUGGCCACGGGCGAGAUGGGUCACUGCCACGCGGGCGACCCGGGCGGCACGCCCCACUCCCACGCCGUCUGCUCCGCCAUCAACCCUUCCCUGCUGGCCAACGAGCACUCCUUUAAGGCCCAGCUCAGGACAGCAGCCUUCACCCUCUUCCUCUUCCUCGCCACCUGGACCUUCGGUGCCCUGGCCGUGUCACAGGGCCACUUUUUGGACAUGAUCUUCAGCUGCCUGUACGGAGCCUUCUCCGUCACCCUGGGCCUCUUCGUGCUCAUCCACCACUGUGCCAAGCGGGACGACGUUUGGCACUGCUGGUGCUCCUGCUGCCCCUCACGCCGCAACGCCUGCGCCGGCCCCGGCCACGCCCGCCCCAAGGUCAACGUCAACGGGGACACGCAGGUGCACGCGCACGCCCACGCGCACUGUCACAUGGACUCGCCUUGCCAGGGCAAGGCCAUGCUGUCCCACAGCCACGGCCCGCCUUCCGCCCACUGCAAGCUGACCAGCCUGCAGGCCAUGCAGAACCACGUGACCUGCCUGUCGCCCGUGGCGCCCUGCUGCGCCGCCCUCCACAGCCACCAGCUGCUGGACGACGAGCCGCACGUGCACCUGCACGCCGACGUCGACGGCUACCGACCCAACGUGCACGUGCACCGCUGCCUGAAGGGCAGGACUAAGCCGCGGCACUUCGCCCGCCACCGGCCUCCAGGGGGCGAGCGCGAGUAUGCUUACCACAUCCCCUCCAGCGUGGACGGGGGCAGCGUGCACAGCUCGCACACAGACAGCCCGCACAGCACGCACGAAAGGCACCUGUGCCACGCUGCGCAUGAGGGACACGGCUGCCACGCCCUCUGCCACCGGCACGUGUGCUGCGCCAAGGCCGACCUCUUCCCCACUGUGUGCCAGCCCGAAGGCGGCGAGGAGAUGGCGCACCACGCCCACCUGGAGAUGCACCCGCGCAGACAGUCCUACCCUCAGAACCUGCCCAACGAGAACGGCAUUCUGAAGGCCAGCAUGCACGAGGGCUUCCUCUACAGCUCGGACAGCACCGGCAACAUCCGGACUGGGCCCUGGAGAAACGAAACUACCGUGUAGUCCUCGCGGGCCCCGAGCUGUCCCCCCUUCCUACAUCCGUUAGGACAAACUCAGCAUUUCAACUACAUGUGCUUUUUAUAUUACUUUCAUGUCUGUUGAAAUAUUUUUUAUUGUACAGAAAUCUCGCGUUACAUGUUCGUCUCACAGAUUUCACCUGCGUGUAGACAACAGAACAGAA